GGCAGGUCCCUGUCGUGCGCGCGCCCGCCGCCCGUGCACCUCCCGGCAGCGCUCUGCCCUCGGGGUCGCGGCGCCCGUCCCUCUCUGGUUCUGCUGUAACCUAGCACACCCGGGCCCGGGAGUCGGGCUGGGGCAGGGGCGGGAGCCGCGGGACAGCGCCUGGAGGUGCCCGGCAGAGUCAUGGAGCUGAGCUCAAAAAAGAAGCUUCACGCCCUGUCCCUGGCUGAGAAGAUCCAAGUGCUGGAACUCCUGGAUGAGUCCAAGAUGUCCCAGUCAGAGGUGGCCCGGCGCUUCCAGGUCUCGCAGCCCCAGAUCUCACGCAUCUGCAAGAACAAGGAGAAGCUGCUGGCAGACUGGUGUAGUGGCACAGCCAACCAUGGGCGCAAGCGGAAGCGGGAAUCCAAAUACAGCGGGAUCGACGAGGCCCUACUCUGCUGGUACCACAUUGCCCGGGCCAAGGCCUGGGAUGUCACGGGGCCCAUGCUGCUCCACAAGGCCAAGGAGCUGGCUGAUAUCAUGGGUCAGGAUUUUGUGCCCAGCAUUGGCUGGCUAGUCCGCUGGAAACGCCGAAACAAUGUGGGCUUUGGGGCUCGCCAGGUCCUCGUCCCUCUGUUCCCUCCCGAGCCACCGCCCCCUGGGCUUCCAUCCCAGGCCCAGCCACCUCUUUCUCUUAAAGACUUCUCACCAGAAGAUGUGUUUGGCUGUGCUGAAGUGCCCUUGUUGUACCGGGCAGGGCCUGGCAGAGUGUUGGCGUGUGACCGGUUACAGGUGCUGCUGUGUGCCAACAGCAGGGGCACAGAAAAGCGAAAGGUAUUUGUGGGCGGGCUCCAGGCUGCCCCAAGAUGCUUCUUUGGGGUCAACAGUGAGGCACUGCCUGCCUCUUAUCACCCUGAUCUUGCCAUCCCCUGGUCACAGUGGCUGGCACAGUUUGACCAGGACAUGGGACAGCAGGGCCGACGGGUUGCCUUGCUACUGGCUGCUAGAGUGGCCGAGGAGUGGGCCAGCCUUCCUGGACUCCACCAUGUACGACUCCUGCCUCUCUCUGCCUCCAGUACCACACCCUCCCUGCCUGGCUCUGUGGUUUUGGCCUUUAAGGCCCAUUACCGUCACCGUCUGCUGAGCAAACUGGCUGCCAUGCAGAGUGGGAGAGACGGCACCUCGCUGGCUGAAGCCAGGGCCAGCAUCACAGUGUUAGAUGCUCUGCAUAUGGUGGCAGCAGCUUGGGCCAAGGUGCCUCCUCAGCUCAUUCUGAGCAGCUUCAUUCACGAAGGUCUCGCUCCAGGCAAAACACCACUGUCUCUGGACAAAGACACGGAGAUGUCACCAGUCCCAAGUGGGCUGAGUCAGGAGGAGUUCUCCCACUUUGUGGACCUGGAGGAUGAGGCCCCAGGGCCUAGAGUAUGCAAAGAGGAGACUGGUACUGAAGACACUGGGAGGGAAGAAGAUGGCUUUGAGUCCCUGCCCACCAAAGCCGAUGCCCUGAGGGCACUGUGCACCUUGAGGAGGUGGCUUGAAUGUAACAGUACCUCUCCAGAGCCCUUUGAGAAAUUCUACGAUUGUGAGGUGGAGGUGGAACAGCUCUGCUGUCUGUGAAGAAAUGCGGCAGCCUGCAGAAUCGCCCUCUCCUGUUUCCCAUGGAAACACCUCUCCAGAGGCAGACUGACUCUUUCCUGUGGAAACAGCGUGCGGAAGGGGCAGAAGAGAAGGGAGUUGGGACAAAAAGUCUAAGGCCAGAGUAAAAGUUGAUCAAGCCCAGUCUGUCUCUACAGAUGGGGCCUCUAGAGUGGGAAUCUGGGCUGUGUAGCUUCUAGGCAAGCUCUGGGGGCAGUUAGUCUAGAGAGGCUGGAACCUAGAAAGGUGGACUUUUUGUUUGUUUGUUUGAGACAGGCUUUCUCUGUGUAGCUUUGGAGCCUGCCCUGGAACUAGCUCUUGUAGACCAGGCUGGUCUUGAACUCAGAGAUCCGCCUGUCUCUGCUUCCCAAGAGCUGGGAUAAAAGGUGUGUAUCCCUGCCCAGUGAAAGGUGGACUUCUAACAGAUGGCCCCAAUCCCUUAAAUUUUGUGUCAAAACCAAGUCUGCUUCUGGAAAUAAAAUUUUUAACCA